AAAUAAAGAUUAUUUCUUUGUAAAUAACAGUAUUAAUAGACAAAUUAAAUAUAAACAUAGUGUAUAAAUAAUAAAAAUGGAAGGAAACGAGGGGGGCGGGCUUGACCCGCCCAACUCAAAAAAGAGACCACGACGGCGGCUCGAAGAUCCCCAAAAUGUUUCUGAUGCUGGCGGCGGAGGCGGUGAGAAAGACUCGUAUAUCCCAUAUCUCAAGCCUAAUUAUAAAAGACUAUAUCCUGAAAAUUCUAUUAAUAUGGAAUUUAAGGUUUUUAUUGAAAACAAAAAUAUUCAGGACAGGCUGGGAAAUAAAAGCCCAAUAUAUUUAAACCACAUAUUUUCCGAAAUUAAAGGCGUGGUGGCAAUAAGGCGAAUUAGCGCAAAUAAAAUUGUUGUCAUAUUUAAACAACAUAAUACAGCUAAUAACUUGAUACACAAUAUACAUUUUCUUGAGAAACAUGAUAUGAAAGCAUACAUUCCAGCAGCUCAAAUUGAAAAAACUGGUAUUAUCAGAUUUGUGCCUGCAAGUAUAUCAAAUAAAGAACUAUUUACGAAAUUAACUUCUACAAAUGAAAUAAUUGCAGUUAGGAGAUUUAUGAAAAAAAUUGGCAAUGAAUUAGUCGGAACACAAACUGUUAGUAUCACAUUUUUGGCAAACUCUUUACCUGAGAGUGUCCAAUAUGAUUUAUUUUUUUACAGAGUGUUUGAAUAUAUACCUCCUCUCCAACAAUGUUUCAAAUGUAUGAAAUUUAAUCAUUAUGCUAAAAUUUGUAAUGGCAAACAGCGUUGCUCUAUUUGUUCAGGUGAACAUUCUUAUAAAGACUGCAAUAAACAAAAUGAGAUUUGCUGUGUAAAUUGCAGUGGACCUCAUUUAGCAAUAUCCAAAAUGUGUCCAAUAAAAAUGAAUAAAAUCCUAGAAAAGAAAAAUAAAAUAACAUAUGCAAGCAUUGCCAGCACAAAAGAUAACAAUGAGUUCCCUCCCCUUCCACCACGCUCCAACCCUGUAAAUAAAAAAGUGAUUAGUGUAAAUAAUGCACCCAAAUAUGUAAAUAAAUCUAUAAAUAUUAAGCCUGUCUCACAGGCUGUAAGUAUUAAUGAUAUAAAAUCACAAAUAAUUGCAAACAGUGAUGUACUUAUGGCCCUGGUACAAACACUGGUUCAAAUAGGUAAUAAGAAUGAUAAUGAGCCUAUAACUACAACAUUUAUUAAAGAUAUACUUAUUAAAAAUUUGUCAAUAUAAUGGAUACACAACCAUAUACAACAUCAUCUCUACGUAUUGCGCAAUUUAAUG